GGCUAUGUCAAUCACACACAAAAACCUGAAAAAAACCCUAGUGUUUGUAUUUUUCUCUAGAGUUUGCAUAUCCCAUCAUGGCCAUGAUGACGACAACCAGCAAGAUGAUGCCGCCCGCCAUGCAGAGGUUGAUCAAGGGUGGGGAUCGGAGCAUGAUCACCAUGUCUGACGACAGCGUGAUGAUGAAGCAGGUCAUGGACACUCACACCCCCGACGGCCGGGAGGUUGACGUGAAGCCACUCCUCCAUCUCGUCGAGGACAUCCUCAACCGCGCUACCUUGAGUGUUGACACUGUCGCCACCGGGGGAUCAGUAUUGUUCACGGAAAACAUGGAUGACAAGACUUACCAGGCCAGCUUCAAUGCCAUGCUCGACGCGCUGUCCUAUAUCAUCGAGAGGAUCUCCUGCGAGCUGUCCGUGAAGGCGCUGACCGGGGGUGAGGCGCAUGCGACCACGCUCGCCAUAUUCAACUUGCUCGGCCCCUUCUCGUGGGACGCCAAGCUGGUGCUGACCCUGGCAGCCUUCGCCUUCAACUACGGCGAGUUCUGGCUCUUGGCCCAGAUCUACACCUCCAACCAGCUCGCCAAGUCGAUGGCGAUCCUGAGGCAGUUGCCCAUGAUCAUGGAGCACUCGGGCAUGCUCAAGUCCCGGUUCGAAGCACUCAACAACCUCAUCCAGGCCAUGCUUAAGGUCACCAGGUGCGUGGUGGAGUUUAGGGAGCUUCCCUCAGCUUACAUCUCCAGCGAGAUCCCCGCAUUGUCCACCGCCAUGGCACACAUCCCAACUGCCGUUUACUGGACCAUAAGGAGCGCUGUGGCUUGUGCUGGCCAGAUCACUAACCUCACUAGCUAUGGCCUUGAGUACAUAACAACCACAACCGAGGCAUGGGAGCUAUCAACCUUGGCUCACAAACUGACGAGCAUAUAUGAACAUUUGCAGAAGCAAAUCGCCAUAUGUAACCAACACAUUGAGGAAAAGCGGCAUCUCGAAGCCUAUCAGACUCUCCUGAGUCUCAUGGAAACCCUCCACAUUGACAAUAUGAAGAUCCUGAAGGCUCUGAUUUAUCCCAAGGAUGAUAUUCUCCCACUUGUUGACGGGAAUACUAAGAAAAGGGUCAACCUUGAAGUCCUGAGGAGGAGGAACGUGUUGCUGCUGAUCUCGGGGCUGGACAUCUCACAGGAGGAGCUGUCCAUCCUGGAGCAGAUCCACAGCGAGUCCAAGUUGCACGCGACGCGGCAUGAUAUCCACCAGUACGAGGUGGUGUGGAUCCCCAUGGUGGACCGCUCGGUCCUGUGGACCGACCCAAUGCAGAAGCAGUUCGAGGCCCUGCAGUCCUCGAUGCCGUGGUACACCGUGUACCACCCAAACCUGAUCGACAGGGCGGUGAUCCGGUUCAUCAAGGAGAGGUGGCACUUCAGGAACAAGCCCAUCCUGGUGGUGCUUGACCCACAAGGCAAGGUUGUGUGCCCCAAUGCCAUUCACAUGAUGUGGAUCUGGGGAGGCAAUGCCUUCCCUUUCACUACAAUGAGAGAGGAGGCUCUGUGGAAGGAAGAGACAUGGAGGCUUGAGCUUCUUGUCAAUGGCAUUGAUCCAACAAUUUUGAAUUGGAUUAGAGACGGCAAGUACAUAUUCCUGUAUGGUGGCGAUGACAUUGAGUGGAUCCGCAAGUUCACCACGGCGGCACACCAGGUCGCACAGGCGGCGAGGAUCCCCCUGGAGAUGGCCUAUGUGGGCAAGAGCAGCAAGCGAGAGCAGGUGCGGCGCGCAGUUGUUGCCAUAAACAAUGAGAAGAUGAGCUACGCCUGGCAGGACCUGACUAUGGUGUGGUUCUUCUGGACCCGGCUCGAGUCGAUGCUCUUCUCGAAGAUCCAGCUCGGGAAGGCGGACGAGUACGACCCUGUGAUGCAGCAGAUCAAGAGGCUGCUCAGCUUCGACAAGGUCGGGGGCUGGGCAGUGCUGAGCAAGGGGUCGACCAUCUCGGUGAACGGGCACGGGACCACAGUCCUGCCGGCGCUGCUGGAGUACGACCUGUGGAAGGAGCACGUGCCGACCAAGGGGUACGAACUGGCAUUCAAGGACCACCAUGACAAGAUCCACGACGUGACGCACCCGUGCUGCCGCUUCGAGUUCCAGAGCGCGAUGGGAAGGAUCCCGGAGAGCAUGCGGUGCCCAGAGUGCCAGAGACUCAUGGAGAAGCUCACCAGCUUCGUCUGCUGCCACGAUGAGGUUGCUCCCAUCGUCUAUGAUUGAUCUGAUCAAUCAAUCAAAGCCUUUAACGGUGGAGGGAUAUAUCAUAUAAUGAAUGUCUUGUGGGGACAUAAUAAAAAGACUGUGUGUGCUUGAAUUUCCUUGUUUUGAUUUUGGGUUUGGAGCGUGUAAGGAUGAUGUCCAAUAAUCAACAUCUGAUGUUUGAGAUUAAAUAAGAAUAGAGUGUGUGAACCUCUUUUGAGUU